CAGGCCAUCAUUCCCCACCACCGAGCCCGGUUUAUUCCCCCCUUCGCGCAGCCGCCCCCGUGUCUCGUGCGCACCUUCUCGAAGCUUCCUCCCCCAUGGCGGACCAGCUCACCGACGAGCAGAUCGCCGAGUUCAAGGAGGCCUUCAGCCUCUUCGACAAGGAUGGCGACGGUUGCAUCACCACCAAGGAGCUCGGAACCGUGAUGCGAUCCCUUGGGCAGAACCCCACGGAGGCGGAGCUGCAGGACAUGAUCAACGAGGUUGAUGCGGACGGCAACGGCACCAUCGACUUCCCAGAGUUCCUGAACCUGAUGGCGAGGAAGAUGAAGGACACGGACUCGGAGGAGGAGCUCAAGGAGGCCUUCCGCGUGUUCGACAAGGACCAGAACGGCUUCAUCUCGGCUGCAGAGCUGCGCCAUGUGAUGACCAACCUCGGGGAGAAGCUGACGGACGAGGAGGUGGACGAGAUGAUCCGGGAGGCGGACGUGGACGGCGACGGCCAGAUCAACUACGAGGAGUUCGUCAAGGUCAUGAUGGCCAAGUGAGGGGGGCGGGGCGGGCCCUCCCACGGAAAAUAAGCUUUAGUUUGCUCUCAAGUGGAUUGGAAAUUUGGAAAUGCCAGACAGACUCGAAAGUUGUAUUUUGUGCUGUGUGAUCGUUUUUUAAGCACUGUUGGGUAGCUGGUGGGGUUAUCUCUGUGUAGCGGUGUAGUCGUGUGGAGCAACAUUGGAUUACCUGGUUUCUUUUGGUUUGUGGCACUCA